CUCUGAUUGGCUGUCGAAAAGACUCCAUCAGAAUAGCAAGUGUCCUUCCUCUUGGAGUCAUUCAAAGCAAGGGCAGAGAGGAAGGGGCUUCAAGAACAGCAGCACAAAAUGAUGUCUUAACUGGCUGGGGAGAGAAGGCGCAUAUUUUCAAGAGGGCCUCUCGUUAGGAAUUCCCCUUCAAGAUGACAAGUGGCACAAACUCUUCAGAAUCUUGCUUGUCCUCAAAAAAAAAUUCUAAAAUAGAAAACAACUACUUGAAGGAAUUGAAUGAAGAUUUAAAGUUAAGAAAGCAGGAACUUCUAGAGAUACUAAAACCUAUAGAAGAUAAGAACACUCUCUUAUUCCAGAAGCUAAUGGCUAACUUGGAGGAAAAGCAAAGAAGUCUGCAGAUCAUGAGGCAGAUCAUGGAAGGGAGGGGAUAUGAUGAAUCUUCAGUCAUGGCGCUGAUUAAGGAAGCAGAGGAGAUGAAACAGAACCUGGAAAAGAAAAACAAGAUGCUUCGGAAGGAAAUGGAGAUGCUGUGGAACAAGACAUGUGAGGCAGAAGAGCUCCAUGGACAACAGGAAACGCUCCUGACGAAGCCCAAGGCAGAAGUGAAAGACGGAAAGGUGAGCUCUGGAAUCCCCAAAUCACUUAGGAAGGACAGGAGUGAACCAGAGAUAUCAGAAGCAGAAACGGUGGAGGAGAUAAGGAGGGAAAAGCAACAGAAGAAAAUGAAAUGAGUCAAAUAUGAGGAACAACCUAACAUCCUUCAGAAUGGCUCUCAUGGCAAAGUGAUUGAGCUGAGAAUUGAAGCCUUAAGGAACUAUCAGAAGGCCAAUGACUUAAAAUUAUCACUGUACCUACAGCAUAAUUUUGAGCCAAAGCAAGGAGCUUUGAAUCGUCCAAGGCCUCAAGAUCAGUGGAGUAUCAGAGGUAAAAUGGGUACAACUAUAGAGAGAGCAGCAACUGACAGAAAUGAGCCCAACAUGAGAAUCCCAGGAUCAAAGAACUAUACAGAGCAAGAAGAAGGAACUAGAGAAAGUCAGUCUGAUGAUGCAGGAGAGAGGCUCUUUUUUCUGAGGUCAAUGCCAGAUGAAGUUCUGAAGGAUUAGAAGACUUUCACUUCAUUUGCUUUGGACAGAGUUAAAGACUACUAGGUCCAGCCAUUUCUGUGCAUUAAAAUCUCUCAAACCUUUAUUUUA